AUGGCAGCAUCGCACCUCCUGCGCCAUACCACCCCCGGGGCUAUCACCAUCAAACAAUUUCUCGACUCCUUCCACCGCAUAUGGCUCGAGGCGCGUCCCGCCCGGACGGGUCGGAAACCCGAUGCUCGUCUCCCAAGCCGACUAGGUCUGGCUGUUAGCGGGGGCGCAGACUCCAUGGCCCUCGCUCAUCUCUGCAGGCAGUGGGAGAAAGGCCUCACCAAUGCCGGCGACGACAACGACCUCUCCGUCACGGCAUUUGUCGUCGACCAUCAGGCCCGCGAGGAGAGUACCCGCGAAGCAAACCAGGUCGCCGGAUGGCUGGAUGAUAUGGGCCUCAAAACCCAAAUCCUCAAGCUCGAAUGGCCCGAGAUGAAAACCUCUGCCUUCGAAACGCACGCUCGACGCCUGCGUUUCCAGGCCCUGGGCCAGGCAUGUCGCGCCCAGAGCAUCGACACGCUGCUGAUGGGCCACCACCAAGACGACAACGUCGAGACCACCCUCUGGCGACUCUGCACGGGGGCCCGCGGUGCUGGCUUAGCGGGCAUCCCGCCUGUAACGCGCAUUCCGGAAUGCCAUGGACUCUUUGGCAUCGCGGAGAGCGGGUCUUCAGUCGUGCUGAGAUCUAAGACACCCAGCUUCAAAAUCACACACGCAAAUGAACUCCAACCAUCACCACUACCCGAGAAUCAAGAAGACGAUAUCGAAUACCGCAUAUCCACCGGCGGAAUCUCCAUCUGUCGCCCACUGCUGUCCUUCCCCAAGGCCAACCUCCUAGCGACCUGUCACGAGAAUAAUAUCCCUUUCGUCUCCGACCCAACCAACUUCGACCCGACCCUGACGCCCCGAAAUGCCAUCCGCAGACUUCUCGCCGAGGGAAGACUCCCUCGCGCUCUGCAGGCCCCGUCUAUCCUAUCUCUGGUGCAGAAAAGCAAUGCCCUUCUGCAAUCGUCAACUGAUGCAUCUAACGACUUACUCCAGCAAUGCACACUUUUCUCUUUCUCCCCGUCAACAGGAUCCAUGAUCCUCCAGUUCCCGGAAGAUGGAACAAAUCCGCCUCAAUUCAACCCCCAGAUCCAAUCCCUUACGCUCCGUCGCAUCACGGAAUUCGUCUCCCCGUUCCCGGAGAACCAGUUUCCCCUGCGCAGCUUUGAACCGUUCAUUUCUCGCGUCUUUCCUUCUGCUGCUCAGACAUCAGACUCAACUUCAACCUCCAAACGACAACCUUUCACCCUGGGCGGCGUCAUGUUCCAACCUCUCAAGUGGACUGUCGCAACCGCAAACCCAGCGCUCAAACACAAACAAAACCCAACUUCAGAUACCACAACCACAACCACAACAACCCUCCCCAAACCCAACACCGCCCCCCAAACCACCAAGAACAAGAAAAGUGAAACCGAAACUCAUCUCCAUACCGGAAAUGGGAAUACCUGGCUGCUUACCCGCCAACCAUACAUGCGCAACCCCCUAACAACCCUCCUAAACCACCUCUCCCGGACCGCCCCGGGUCAGGUGCGGUUUACUCUCCCCGUACUGGUUCUUCGACGGGCAGGAUACAAGGAACGAUCCAUAAAAGGAAAUAGAGAAGAAAAAGGAAAAGAAGAAGAAGAAGAAAUCCCCAUCGCCUUCCCCACCCUCGACCUCUGGAUUCCCGGCUCAGAGACACUCCAGGAACUAUCGUCCUGGGAGGUACAGUGGGAGUGGAUGUACAAGAGUGUGGAUCGGGAGGGGCUUGGAUCAAUGAAGGGGUUGGAUAGUGCGUGGUACUUAUCAACUAUCACUAUCUAG